GUCAGAGUGUGGAGUUAGUCUCAGAACAUGAAGACAAGACAGCCCAACUUUCCAUCAGGUGAGUGCCAGGUUAUUGACAUUCAUUUAGCCUAAUUUCCUUUCAUGAUUUCAUUGUUUUAAUAACAUAACAUUCAGAAUCGCAGAGCAUUUAUAGUGUUUCCAUAGAAUUCUCUAUCUAAUAUUGUAUAAAUUGCAGCAAAGUAAUUUACAACAGAACACAAUACAUUUGGUGAAAUACUGUACUCUGAUCAUCCAUCGCUCCAGUCCAAUGGGCCAGCCACAUGGGGAGAGCUGUGCUGCUCUCUCUCCUCCUGUCUGAUCCUCUCCACGUGGCAUCAGACUCAGAUGAGGAGGUGCAGGGGCCAUCAGAGUGGCAAACAUGGAAGAGGAGCAACGGUGUGUCCUACGACGAGAAGGUUAGAUGUUAUUUUAUACACAUACUCGUAGACACAGACUGUAUAAACAAACACACCCCAAUAGUUACUGUAGACGUAGGCUAUUCAUCUGCAUAUUGGCCUACAUGAAGACGCAUUGUAAACAUUUAGGAAUUCAUUCCAUCCCUCCCAGACACACACCGUAACAAUAAUCAACUACUUUAUUUGUUUGUUCAUUCUGUUCUUUCCUGAAGCGGGAUGACAUUGAGAGGAUGGCCAUAUGGGAGAACAACAUGAGAGUGAUUGAUGAGAAUAAUAACCGUUUUCUCAGAGGGACAAAGAUGUUCACCAUGGCCAUGAAUAAAUAUGGGGACCUGGUAAGUGGCCAUCAUCAUCUUCACUUCUCUUUAGUACAGGAUGUUAUAGUCCAAGAUACUUCAUGGAUACUCAUGAUCCACUUUGAGCAAUUUCAACUGAGAGCUGCAACAUUCCCAUUUCUGUUCUAAUUUCUGUUCAUUUGUAUACAUUAUGAGAGAUUGUUCUCAUUGCAGUGUAUUGAAACAGUAUUUUCCCAUUUUUCAUUGAUUCCUUUAUACAUUUCAUUCUAAAUCACUUUGGAAUUUCUCUGUCUUCAAUGCGUAGACAAGGCACGAAUACAAGCGUUUGCAAGGUGCCAUGAUAAAUAGCAAAAUAAAGAGAGGAGGGACGAAUGCAUCCGCUCGAAAGCUCCGUGCCAGUGCUCAGAAGUUAGGGUCUGUUACCGUUGACUACAGAUCCACGGGCUAUGUCACUGAAGUCAAAGACCAGGUGAGGCUUUUCUUUAGAAAAUUCUGGAAGUAGAAUUUCAGUCCAAACUAGGAAGGGAUUUUAAAUCCACACUGUCUAUUGAUUUCUCCUCACAGGGCUAUUGUGGCUCCUGCUGGGCCUUUAGCACUACGGGGGCCAUCGAGGGACAGAUAUUCAAGAGGACAGGUCAGCUGGUGUCUUUGAGUGAGCAGAACCUUGUGGACUGCUCCAAGCCCUAUGGCACCUAUGGCUGCAGUGGUGCCUGGAUGGCUAAUGCCUAUGAAUAUGUGGUUCAGAAUGGGCUUCAGUCCACAGACACCUACCCCUACACAUCAGUGGUAAGAGUCUGACUGGGGACAUCCCUGACCAUGUACACCAAUGUUACAUAAUGUUAAUAGCAACUUAUAUACAGCCGUAAAAGAGAUCCAGGUCUCAGUCUGUUUUUCCCUGUUAAAAUAAAGAUGAUUUAAGAAGUACAAUGGUUGAGGAUAAAACACUUUUCUGUAUUUCUAGGACACCCAACCCUGUUUCUACGACAGCAGUCAGUCGGUUGCCAGCAUCACUGGUUACAUGUUCAUACCCACUGGAGAUGAGCAGGCCCUGGCUGACGCUGUGGCAACCAUUGGUCCAAUCACUAUCGCUGUGGAUGCAGAUCACCCAAGCUUCAUGUUCUACAGUUCAGGUUGGUCUUCACUGAAUUCCUUGAAGGUGGUAGACAGCUAAAUGUAGUGUUUUGUUUCCCAUGACUGUACAUAUUAACUUUGAUAGUCCAGUUAAAGGUUUUUAAUUCCAUUAAAAAAAAUGCAUUUGCCCUAUCUGAGCUUGCCUCAUUGUAACCAGAGCUAUUAUUGGUCAAACAGGAAUAUAUGAGGAGCCAAGCUGUAACCCCAACAACCUCAGUCAUGCGGUGCUGCUGGUUGGCUAUGGCUCUGAAGGGGGGCAAGACUAUUGGAUAAUCAAAAACAGGUGGGUGAAUCACAGACGGGAGUGACAUGGUUUACAUUCUAACAAAAUAUAAUAGUUGGGUUACUUUUUAAUAUACAUAUAUGUAGGACAUUUGUUGUACAUAAAUGUAUGCCUGUUUUCCUUUUCUUCCCAGCUGGGGUACUGCAUGGGGAGAGAGUGGCUACAUGCGAAUGAUCCGGAAUGGCAGCAACACUUGUGGCAUCGCAAGCUACGCUCUGUAUCCUAUUUUAUGAACCAUAUAAGUGAUAAAGUGUCAGAGACAGAACACAUCAUCUUGGUGUUGGAUAGGUUGUCAGAGGUUAAUAUUGAUUUGGUUUAUUUGUGGGGGUGAUGGUGCCAAGUAUUCUGUCUUCUAUACUGUAUUACUCUGAGCAAUGCUAUGGCCGUAUUGCACUGUGAAAGAGAA